AGUCAGCAAUGAGCUGACGUGGCAAAAGAACAUCCUUAUUAUGACGUAAUUAAUAAUGAUCUCUCGAAAUGCGUCUUUUUUCUCCGAUGUUCUAUCUUCUUUCCCAAAUUCUGCAAUUCUGGAGAAGCUAAAGGUCUCAAUCUCUCAGUCAAAAACACAAAGGUCUCUCCUUUAUCAAACUAUCUAUCACUAACAUAGAAGAAGAGAUUGGAGGAAGAAGAAGAUGUUGUUUCAGGUGGGAGGUGAAGGCACACGCCCCACCUUCUUUGAGAUGGCUGCUGCUCAGCAACUUCCGGCUAGCCUUCGCGCCGCUCUCACUUAUUCCCUCGGCGUUUUUGCUUUGAGACGAUCAUUUCUCCAUAAGAUUUUAGACUAUGAGGAUGAAUUCUUUGCUGCUCUGAUGCUUAUUCUUGAAGGACACAGCUUACGAACCACAGAUGCUUCCUUUGCUGAAUCAUUGUAUGGGUUGAGGAGGAAAUCGGUGAGAUUGAGAUUGAGGAAAGACAGUGUCAGGAAGGAUUCCGGCGAAGAAGUUCAACAUUCUGGUUUAGAGAAGCGCCAGAGAAUCCUUUCUGUUGUGUUUCUGGUUGUGUUGCCGUAUUUCAAGUCCAAAUUGCAUGCUAUCUAUAAUAAAGAAAGAGAAGCUAGGCUCCGGGAAAGUUUAUGGGGAGCAGAGGAUCAAGGAUUUGAUGAAGCUGACUUCUUUACUGGGGAUGAUUCAAUUGUUUCAAGAGAGCCUAGUGGGAAUGAAGAGCUUUCUGUUCGAGUACAAUUAGCUACCAAAAUAAAAAAGUUUAUAGCUGUCUGCUAUCCUUGGAUACAUGCAUCAAGUGAAGGAUUAUCGUUCACUUACCAGCUCUUAUAUCUGCUGGACGCUACUGGAUUUUAUUCUCUUGGGUUACAAGCUCUUGGGAUUCAAGUUUGUCGAGCUACAGGGCAAGAACUGAUGGAUACAUCCUCAAGAAUUUCAAAGAUACGGAAUCAUGAGCGUGAGAGACUUCGUGGUCCUCCGUGGUUAAAAACAGUGCAAGGGGCACUUCUUAGCUGCUCAUAUGCGGUGCUUGACUACGCCCAAACCGGUCUUAUUGCAGCAGUUUUUAUCUUUAAAAUGAUGGAAUGGUGGUAUCAAUCAGCUGAAGAGAGAUUAUCAGCUCCAACAGUGUACCCUCCACCUCCACCUCCUCCAGCCCCAAAGAUGGCGAAAGAAGGAAUCCCUCUACCUCCCAACAGAUCCCUCUGCGCGCUAUGCUUGCAAAAACGUGCAAACCCAUCAGUUGUCACAGUCUCUGGAUUUGUUUUCUGCUACUCAUGCGUAUUUAAGUAUGUUUCAAAGUACAAGCGAUGUCCGGUGACAUUGAUUCCGGCCAGCGUGGAUCAGAUUAGGAGGUUGUUUCAUGACACUUAAUACCAAUCUAUUUAAUUGUUUUAAGCCGAACAGUGAGAGUUCUAUCAUCGUUCUCCCCUGUGAGAUAGCGUCUGAACCAGAGGAGAUAAAAGACUGCCAAGUGAGACACUAAUACCCCAAUUGUUUUUAUAUAUAUGGAUAAGCUUUCAUUUAGAGCUCAUCAAGUCUUGGAUCAAGUGCUUCUUGGAUUGAAAGAAAGCGCUGUAAUCCUAAUCAAAGCUGAAUUUGGUGAAAAUGAAGAAGGCAGACAAAUGGUUGUUUUUUUCUUUCUUAGUUUCAGCUUCGAAAUUGUUGUCUAUUGCACAAUGGGGGAUGAUAUUAAGGUUCCGGAUGGAAAAAUAAAAUUUAUACUGAUCAUUUAUAAAGAAAGGGAUGGAGAAGAGAUGAUUGGAGUUCAAA